AGACGCGCACACACACGCAGGCGCUCGCCGACAUACCGACACACACUUUGCCGCUGCUGUAUCACUGUAUCACACCAAUGUCAUUGCCGAGCUCGUGCUGAUGAUGAGAGCCGCGCGCUCACUGACUGACCGACUGACUGACUGACUGACUGACUGCUCUCCUCCAGGUCCGCUGUUCCCACAGACACCCACCCAUCAUCCACCCACCCACCGGCAGACACCAGGCGGAGGAGAGCCGGGGACGGGAUGCCUUUCUCGGAAGGAGAGCCGGCGGCGGUGCCCGCGUGAGAGAGGGGACUCCGGAGCUCCCGCACCGGGAGACAGCGAUACAGACACGGCUGUUCAUCCGUCUUUAACUGGUGAAAUAAUCACCUAUUAGAGCCACUGAUCCAUUGAUCCCAUUGAUUGUUGAGUGGGACGAAAGAGAAGAAGGAGACCGAGCGCACCGGAGACACCGGGACCAUGAUCCGGAGCUGCUCAGGGGUUAUCUCUGAAGGAUAGAGCCGAGAGGAAGAGAAGGAGCAAGAAGAGGAGAGAAGGUUCAUGAUCUUUUCUGCUCGUGCGACACACUCUCAAUAAUCCUGUUCCUCUAUUGAUCCAUUGAUUGGUGACUGUUUGUUUUGCGCACCGGGACCAUGAUCCGGAUUUGCCCGAGAGUUACAUCCGAAGGUUAAAGAAGAGAAGAAGAAGAAGAAAAACAACAAAAAGAAGACUGCUGUUUGUCAUCUGCUGAUAAACCAGUGCUCCCAGUAAGUCGGUGACUGGUGUGCGUUGGGAGGAAGAAGCGGAGGAGGUUGUUAAAAUAGACGCGGGAGCGCAGCGGAGACGGCCGGGACGAUGAUCAGGAUCUUCCCGGAUUUCAGCGUCCAGGUGACAGCCUCGGCGGCCGGAGGAGCCGGGGCGGGUGGCGGAGGAGGAGGCGGCGGAGGCGGCGGGAUGGUGACCGGACCCCCGGUGGGUCGGGUGCCGGUCCCCGGAGCCACGAACGGGACCCCGCAGAGCGUGCAGGGAAUCACCGCCUACCAGCAAAGUGACCCCUACUGGGAGCGGCCAGCUAAUGCAGGCAGCUGCUCCGCCGCCCGGCCCAAGACCCUUCACCUGGCCGGCCAGCAGCAUACCUCGUCACCAUGGCUGCAGGCUCUGAGGAAAGAGAAGUCACGUGACGCGGCGCGAUCGCGGCGGGGAAAAGAGAACUUUGAGUUUUACGAACUGGCCAAGAUGCUGCCGCUGCCGGGCGCCAUCACCAGCCAGCUGGACAAGGCCUCCAUCAUCCGGCUCACCAUCAGCUACCUGAAGAUGAGGGACUUCGCCAACCAGGGAGACCCGCCGUGGAACCUGCGCAUCGAGGGACCGCCGCCCAACACCUCCGUCAAAGCUAUCGGUACCCAGCGGAGGAGGAGUCCCAGCGCCAUUGCCUCAGAGAUCUUCGAACCUCACCUGGGCAGCCACAUUUUACAGUCUCUGGACGGGUUUGUAUUUGCACUAAACAAGGAGGGACGCUUCCUCUACAUCUCUGAGACCGUCUCCAUCUACCUGGGACUGUCACAGGUGGAGCUGACGGGCAGCAGCGUCUUCGACUACAUCCACCCCGGCGACCACGUGGAGAUGGCGGAGCAGCUGGGCAUGAAGCUUCCUCCGGGCCGAGGGAUGUCUCUGUCCCAGGGAAACGUCAACGAAGACGGGGCGUCCUCCGCGUCGUCGUCGUCGCACUCUGAGACUCCAGAACCAGUUGAGUCCAGCAGCCCCAGCCUCCUGGCUCCUGACAACUCUCUGGAACGAUCCUUCUUCAUCCGGAUGAAGUCCACGCUCACAAAGAGAGGAGUGCACAUCAAGUCCUCAGGAUAUAAGGUGAUCCACAUCACAGGGCGUCUGCGGAUCCGGAUGGCUCUGACGCACAGCCGCUCGGUGCCCAAUCAGAUCAUGGGGAUGGUGGUGGUGGCUCACGCCCUCCCACCACCCACAAUCAACGAGGUUCGCAUCGACUGUCAAAUGUUCGUCACCCGAGUCAACAUGGACCUGAAGAUCGUGUACUGUGAGAACAGAAUCAGUGACUACAUGGACCUGACUCCUGUCGACAUCGUGGGGAAGAGGUGCUACCAGUUCAUCCACGCCGAGGACGUGGAGGGAAUCAGACAGAGUCACCUGGACUUGAUGAAUAAGGGUCAGUGUGUGACGAAGUAUUACCGGUGGAUCCAGAAAAAUGGCGGUUACAUCUGGAUCCAGUCCAGCGCCACCAUCGCUGUCAACGCCAAGAACGCCAGCGAGAAGAACAUCAUCUGGGUCAACUACGUUCUCAGUAAUCCAGAGUAUAAAGACACGCCCAUGGACAUCGCCCAGCUGCCAAACCUGCCCGAGAAAACCUCCGAAUCCUCCGAAACCUCCGACUCCGAGUCCGAGUCCAAAGAAAACUCAGACAACGAGAACGCCAAGUCCGAGGGGAAGCCAGGCCACCAAUCAGAGCGCAGCGAGGACCCGGAGACAGACAGCAAACGCCAGCAGCAACCCGGCCAAUCGCAUUGCUCCUCUGAACAGGAAAUGAAACGUCAGGAAGAAGGAGACAGCUCGAGUAACCCUGAGAGCCAGGACAGCGACGACAGCCUGGAACCUUCAGAUGGAGAGGGGGAGGAGCAGGAGGAGGCCAGGGGGGGAGGAGGAGGAGGAGGGGGAGGGGGAGGAGGAAGGCUGGGCAGGUUAGCAGGACUGGGAGGUUUAGGGGGACUGGGCGCCAUCGGAGGACUUGGUAAUCUGGGCGGGCUUCAUAUUAAAGUAGAGCACUAUGGAGAGGGAGAAGACGUACAGCUGCACAACUCGCAGACGUCUUCAUCGGAGGAGGACGAGGAGGAAGAUGAGGAUGAGGACGAGGAGGAGGAAGGAGGCGCGCAGGAUUGCGAUGCUGCUGGAAGCAAACUCCAGAAGAGGCGGAAGAGGAGGAAAGUGCAGAAAUGGGACGGGUCACGAAGUAGGAGGCUCCGCCUGUCCUCGACCACGCCCAGCCCCGUCGCCAUGGGAGAUACCACACCACUGGUGGACCCCGCCCAGGCCACGUCCGCCACCUCCUCCCACCUCCUCACCUCCUCCGGCUCCCCAAACAGCGCGGGUGCGACGUCCUCGGUCCUAAAGAUCAAGACUGAGAUGGCAGAACCCAUCAACUUCGACAACGACAGCAGCAUCUGGAACUACCCCCCCAACAGAGAGAUCUCCAGGAACGAGUCUCCGUACAGCAUGACCUCCAAGCCGGCCGCUCCCGGGACCCACGAGACCUUCCCCUCACCCCAGGGAGGCUCUCUCCAGGUGUCCAUCCCCGACUCUGUCCUCACCCCUCCUGGAACAGAGGGAGGGGCCGGGGGAGUGAGGAAGCCUCCCUACAACGGAAGCUCCGCCCCGUCCUCGGCUUCCAGUGCCGCCAGUUUAGCUCCUCCCUCCAGCGCCUCCUCUGCUGACCCGCUGUCUCCUCCUCUCUCCGCCUCCCCGCGGGACAAGCAACAAGGCACUCCCACCACCUCCUCUUCUUCUUCCUCAUCAUCGUCCUCCUCCUCUUCCUCAUCCACCUCUUCCUCUUCACUGCUGUACUCUGGUGACCUGGAGGCUCUUCAGCGUCUGCAGGCCGGUAACGUGGUGCUCCCGCUGGUCCACCGGGUCACGGGGACUCUGGCCCCCACCAGCACCACGGCUCCACGGGUCUACACCACCGGGACCAUCAGGUACGCACCGGCGGACGUCACGCUGGCAAUGGCGCAAGGCAACCUCCUCCCCAACGCCGCCAUGAACUUUGUCGACGGCUCGGGGUUCGGCCUCGACCCCAAGACGCCCAUGGAGAUGCUCUACCACCACGUCCACAGGCUCAACAUGUCGGCGGCCGCCGCCGCCGGCCCGUUCGUCGGUUCUCCGUCGGCCACGGGCGGGAACGGCGCCCUGGGAGGCCAGAUGCCGACCGCGGCCAACGUUUUCACCACAGCAGAGGGACUUUUCUCGACGCUACCGUUCCCGGUGUACAGCAACGGGAUCCACACCACGCAGACCACUCUGGAGAGGAAGGAGGAUUAAUGCAAAACCUUCACGACCGCAUUACUGUGUUUCUGGAAUCAACAACUGUGUCAAAGCAAAAGAAAAAAAAGACAAUUCACUUGCUAUGUUUAAGAAGACGGUGCAGCACUGUGUUUCACAGGGGGAGAAAGGACAGCAAAGGAAGACAAAUGUACUCUAGCACUUUGAAUCUGAGCAACUGAGCUUGUGUAAUAGACAUGAAUGACCCUCAAUAUGUCCCCUUUUCUAUCUCCUCCUCUGCUCCUCAUCCUCCUCUCCUCCUCUCUCAGUCUCUCUCUUUGCUCCUCUUUCUUGCAAUCAGCGACAUUUUUCUCCUGAACAAAUGAACAAAAAACAGACUCUUCUUUACUGUAAAGAAUUCCUUUUUUGCCUACAGAGAAUUCAUAUUGCCUAAGGACUCCGCUGGAGCCUGACGGGAUAAUUUUUAUUAUUUGACAUGUUUCUGUUGCGUCUUUAUGAAGAUGCUGAUUGUGUGUAUUUAAUGGAGGACGGUACAGGGAUUUGUAAUGGACUUUGUGGCUCCUCUGUAUGUCUCUUGAUGUGAUCAAGGCUUGAAAAGAAAGUUUUUAAACGAGAGGGGGGGGGCUGUCCUGCGCCCGACAAAGGUCUCAGAGAUAAUAAUCUUUUGAAAAAAGGUUUUUGAGGACGUUUCUCGAUUGAGGGAAUAGUUUAGAGUUUCUUUCAUUUCUUCCUUUUUUAUAAAAUAUUCUAGCUCAGAUUUAACUUUCAAAUCAAGCAUUAAGAAGAAAAACAAAAAAAGCAAUUUCAGCCGGGUAAUGACCUGUGAAUUAUCGAAUGUUACUACUUCCUCUUUUAUCCCAGGAGUUUACCGACAGGUCUCGCACCAAACAUAACCUCCGUCACAUCUCUUCCCAUGUCAAUCUGUCGUUCCCGCUCUUCUAUCACUUCCUGAUCUCUAAUCUCUCUGUUGCAUUUCUACCUUUCGAUCUACAGAUUCAUGGUGCUACCGACCAUCCAGUGACCCCGACUCAGCUGGCUGAUGUGGGUGCUGUAAACGAACCCACAGCUUGUUGACAGACUGAUCCUUGUUUUCUUUCUUUUUUUUUGGAGGGGGAACAAUUUUGAGUCUGUUUUUUCUUUUCUCUCUUCUGACCUUCAGGAAAGUCAGAAACCUGGAAAUCAGCAGCAUCGCCUCCAUGUUUCACCGUACACGCCCCUCCUAGUCUAAAAAGUCCCCGAUUUGAUUGGGCCACGAGGGGCCGCUCCGCUGGGCAGCAUGGAGUUGACUGGUUGAAUUUAAGGCUACAUAGUGUUGUUUUUAUUUUGAUGUGUUUUCUAACUGAAUCACUUUUAAUUCUCAGUGAGACUGAGGCUAAUUAGCUAGCGUCACUAACUUGAAAAAUGAAUGUUGAAAACCUCGACCGGCUCCUGUUUGAUCACUGUUUUAUUUUUCUACUACAACUUCUUCUUGUUUUUUUUUCCCCCUCCUCCUCCUCCUCCUCCUCCUCCUCCUCCUCCUCUUCUUCUUCUUCUUCCUAAACCAGAAUCACCUCCACGAGAUUUUCCUAAACAAUCCACUCUCUUCCAUCUCAUCGCCGGACCCUGUGAUAAAAACCACAUAUCAACAAGGAGAUUGUAAUAAAGACAUGCAUUUUCAAUCAAUCAAUCUAUCAAACAAUCAAUCCAAUAACUACAAAAAAAAAAAGAAUAUGAAUUUUUUUUUGAGGAAGAGAAAAAAAAAUCACAUUCCUUUAAACAACGUUGUCUUUGUCGUUGUUCUUCUGUUCUGUGUUUUUUCUUCCCCAGCCUCAUUUGCCAAAAAAAGAAAUGUUUGGUGUUUUAAAAGCACUGUGAUUCUCGUUCAUUUGUAAUUUUUUUUUCUUCUACUUUUUUGGUAAAAAGAGGAAAAAAAAGAUGAGAAUAAGUAAUAAUUAAAAUGGUAUAAAAACUGUCACAACGUCCAUCUUUUUGAAGUUGACAGCCCCGUCUUUACCAUCCCGUCAUCCUUAUUACCCAGUGUGAUUAAGCCGUAAAAACGUGUUACCGAUGUGUUUAGUGUCACUGGCUGUCAAGAGUCUUUCAUGGCGACUUCUCUCUCUGUGUGUGUUGACUAUAUGCAGUAUAUACUGAGCUACUGUAGCUGUUUUUGUCCUUUGUCUUCUCUGUGCUCUAUCUCUAGUGUGGGGGAUGAGAGAGGGGUGGGGCUUAGAGCGAAAGGGGUGGGGUCUGCGGGACAACUGACGUCCCCCAAAAGAAAUGACAACCCUCUUCCUCUCUUUCGCUGCCUCUCUCUCCGUCUCCCUCUAUCUGCAGUCUUAGUGAAACCAGUGGAGGUUCGUGGAAUUUCGUGUUCGGUGGCCUUUGCAAAAAACGGAAAAAAAAUUUGUAGAGUCCACCUUUAUUUUCGCUGCUUCCUUUUUGUCUUUGUAAAACCUUGUUUUUUCUUUUUCUGUUUGUUUUCUAAACCUUCUCUCUCUUUCUCCCUCUGCUAUUGCUUUUUGCUGUUGUGUAGUCUUAUACAAACCUCUUUAUCUCGCUGUCUUUUCUCUCAGAGAUGAAAAGAUUCUUUAACUAGCUCAAAGGUUUAUGGAGCCAUGUUUUUGCCACUAAGGAAUUCUGGGAAUCGCAGUUUCCAGCUCUUGCAUACAAAGUAUUGAAGAACUAAUAAAUAUUUACACUCUAUAGAAAUAAAUUAUGAUGAGGAAAAAGCCUAAAGCAGCAUUGUAGAUGUAGUCCUGGAAAAACCAUAAAAGCCUCAGUUGUGAAACAUUUCCCAGAGUCCCUUGGGGCUUCUUGUGUGCAUUGGGUGUAUUUCAUUGGUUCCCACCGAAACUUGUUGACUUCCUGCGCAAACUUCUCUCACGGGACAAACAAAGUUAAACAAGUGGUUCAAGGGGGGAGAAAAAAAUCACAGUAGAAUUUCAGGACAAAUAAUAAAAAAAAAAAACAAUUUUAAAGAUUUCUAAAGAAAUUAAAAGAAGAAAAAAAUAUUUCGCACUAUAAAUCUAUUUUUAUAGGUGUUUUGGAAAACUGAACUGCAUGUUUAGUAAGUUCGUCCGAUGCGUUUCACGUGAUAGAUCCCUCGUUUUUUUUUGUUUGUUUGUUUGUUUGUUUGUUUGUUUGUUUUUGGUCCAGCAGUUUUUGUGUUUUUUAAAGUCUGUCGAGCCCAAACGGGGACGUGAUGGAGGCCUGCAGGAGGAAUAAAGUCUGUAUUGUCAAACCGACCCGGGCCUCUAAUCCCCCCUUCACAUCAGGAAAAACAAUCUGUAGCGUCUGUGCUUUCUGUGAAGAAUCAGUGUCUUGUUACUGCGAUUAACAUGUAAACAACAACAAAAAAAAACAAACCCAGGUUAUGAAAUUUAACAAUGUAUUUAUUUAUUUUUGUGUUCAAUAAGGAGAAUGUGAUCUGGGCCGCUCGGCUCGUCAGCUGAUUGGCGAGUCGUUUGUGGUUGAAUGUUCAAUUUGUCAUUUUCAGGAGCAUUUUGUUUCCGUGCUCCUCUGGAUUUUAGCAUUUUCUACUUUUGGUGGUUUUUGCGUGAACAACGGGGGGCGGGGCACAAACGAAUGGCGGGGCCCCGUUUGGUAGAGAAAAGGAGAUUUGGAGGGGGAGGGGCACAUAACUCAGAUGAAACCAGGAAAUACACCCACAUGUAACAAAAACCAAACAGCCGGUCCAAGCUGUUUCAAUGUUUUUUCUGUGUUUUAUGUCGAAAAAUGAAAACUUUGCUGGUGAUUUUAAAAACUUAAAAACCUUAAUCACAGCUGCUGUCAAAAAUACAUAGUGUUUAAGAAUUACAAAUAUUGAAAAAUCACUUCAUUUACCUGUGAAGAAACUGUGUCUGUGUUUUUAACUAUUUCUUGUACAAUUAUACAGAUUCUUUUAUGAGGAACUUGGUGCCAAGUAGCUGAAAUACGGGAGAGAGGGAAUCUCUUAUUAUCAAUGUUAACAGUGUUAUAAAAUUCUAAAUACAAACAAAUUAAAAUAUUAAAAAAGAGAAAACUAUGGUACAUUUCUAUUUUUUGUUUUAAUUUUUUUUCCUCGCAGAAGAGGGAAAACACAUGACUAACUGAUGCUAACUUUGAGUGCCUGGCUUAUUUUUUAUUAUUAUUAUUAUUAUUUUUAUCUUUAUUUUUAUUUUCGAAAGACAUCUUUUUGAGUUCAUUUACCAUGAAUAAUGCUGCAAAUCCGAAAAUGUACAUACUUCAUUUAGCAGUUGUUCUUUUCUAAGUUUACUAGGUUCUCAUCCGUUCAGAGGAACAAGUCACAUACAUGGUUGUCUUUCUGUAACCCGGUUUUCACCAUCUUACAGGUGCCAUAUUCAUAAUAAAAAUUUCUCUCGAAUUUGUUA